CAGAGGCAAGUCUAUAAUUCUAACAGCUUUUUUGUUGGCAGAGUAUUUAAUUGUCUUAAAAUAUAGUUCAAUUUCGUUUAGCAAGGGAAGAAGUAAAAUAACCAAGCAAGAACCGUGGUCAGACUAAUGGAAGGCGUGUCUUGUCACGGCAGACGAAUCAGGGGUUGGUUUACUAGUGCCUAUCUCGAUAGCUUUGUCAAGUUAGCUAACAGCAGCUYACGUCUGUCGACAGCAUGUCCACUCAACAUUUAGGGAAACAGGCAACAUGCCAUGAAAUCCCAUCAAAUUCACAACGCAGAUAGAUAMCCUUUAUAGCUACGCUAUAAACUAGAGGUGGUCAGGAUGGGGGAGCGGCCUGUUGUUACCCCCUCAGCUGGAAUCACUCCAGUGCAGCAGAUGCUGGCCUCUGGCACUGGGGCGCUGCUCACAUCAGUGUUCGUCACACCACUGGACGUGGUGAAGAUAAGGCUGCAGGCCCAGCAAACACCAUUCUAUCAAGGGAAGUGCUUCCUGUAUUGUAAUGGCCUGAUGGAUCACAUCUAUGUGUGUCAGUAUGGGGCCAGCUGCACCAGCUGGUACAAAACACCAACCCACUUCAGUGGCACCCUGGAUGCUUUUGUGAAGAUCACGCGCAACGAGGGGGUCAGGUCUCUGUGGAGCGGGCUGCCUCCCACACUGGUGAUGGCGGUGCCUGCCACGGUCAUCUACUUCACCUGCUAUGACCAGCUCAGAGACUUACUGCGCUACGGCAUGGGGUUCCAAGGCAACUACAUCCCCCUGGUGGCAGGGGGUCUCGCUAGACUGGGAGCAGUGAGUGUGAUCAGCCCAUUAGAGCUGGUGCGUACCAAGAUGCAGUCCCAGAAGCUGACCUACAGCGAGCUGAGGGUGUGUAUCCGAUCUAGUGUUGCCCAGGAUGGCUGGCUGUCCCUGUGGAGGGGCUGGGGACCCACCGUCCUACGAGACGUCCCCUUCUCAGCCCUGUACUGGUUCAACUAUGAGCUGGUGAAGGCCCAGCUGUGUGAUCAGUACGAUGUGUCUCAGGCCACCUUCUCCAUCAGCUUCACAGCAGGGGCCAUCUCUGGAGCUGUGGCUGCCAUCAUGACCCUACCUUUUGACGUGGUGAAGACGCGAAGACAGAUCCAACUGGGAGAGAUGGAGACACUGGGAGUCCCUAUGAAGAAUCCCACAUCCACAUGGCAUAUCAUGAGGGGAAUUUGGACUGAAUCGGGAUACAGGGGGCUCUUUGCAGGUUUCCUACCCAGGGUGAUCAAAGUGGCCCCAGCCUGUGCUGUCAUGAUCAGCACCUAUGAGUUUGGGAAGAUCUUCUUCCAGAAGAUGAACCUUGACCGGGAGCAACAGGCCUGCUGAGGGGCUGUGUGUGUGGAGAAGCAGGGUUGGUUGCCUUCUUCUGGGGCAGAAUGGGAAGAGACUAUUAGCAGCUGCCAAUGCACGCUCACAUGCACGCUGUGCAAGACUGCUCCUGGUUAAGACUUUGCACCUAGAAACCUGAGCUUCAAAUCACCCUGGAGGAGUCUCUGUCUCUCAAUUCAGACAAAGGCAAAGACAUGAGGAAUGGGCUUUUUUUUGUCUGUUUUCUAGCCCUUUCUAUUGGCCCACAGGGAGGCUACUCCUACAACUGUGAACACUGUCAUACGUGUAUCCAUGAAUGUGUCCAUUAGUUAAAUUCAGAACUGUGGGGGAACAGCCCUGUGACCUAAGGCUUAUUCAGACUUUAGCAUGCUUUCCUUGCAMGCUAAAAGGUGUUCAUCUUUGCUAGUACAGCCCCCUGCUGUUCAUACYUGGGAGAACACUUCUAACAACAACCCUAAAAAAACUGCAUGCAACCUAAUCCAUUCAAUCAAGACCUUCCCUUCAACUACUAGCCCAGACCAAAUGCAUGGCUGAGCUGGGAUGAGUAGAUAUUCUUAAUGUAGCAUUCUCUCAUAUUGAUUUAUCAUCUGACCAAUGGUAGCCUACUAUUCAAUGUCCAUUUUUGUGAUGGGAAUAAACACAAUACUUAUGUAGGUGGGUUACCAUGGCUCAUUCCCCUAGGAUGAGAACUGGGUUUUAUGAGUUAAUUUGGUACAUGUUAUUCAAUCAAAUUAAAUACUUCAGACAAAACAGCUGACAAAUUGACUAUGCAAUCUAAAAGGGGUUGACAUACAUUUUAUUUAUUUUUUACAUGAUUGAAUGUAUGCAGGUGUUCUGUUGAUCCAUUUCAGAACUGGGCUGAGUCAAUAUAGUUUUUUGAAGAAUGUUCAUUAGAUUUUUUUUCAGCAUUUCAGAAAGAUCUGGAGUUCUACUAACUAGGCUACUGGACUGAACUGAGUUGUUGCCUUGAUCUUAAAUUUGUGUGUUUAUUAUUUCUUGUGUACAUUACAUGGAUGUAUAGAAUGUUUUAUAUGCUGUGACUGGUUUUACUCUUUUUUUAUUCAGUCAGAGGGAUACAGAUCAUCUAACAGAAUGCCUAAUUGGAUUCAAAGACAUUUAAAAAUAUAUAUAUAUUAUUUCACCUUUAUUUAACCAGGUAGGCUAGUUGAGAACAAGUUGAGAUGGACAGUUGUAAAAUAAAAAAGGUGUUGCACCAAU